AAUCCUUACACUAUGAUCACAGCCCGUAGCUCCGUGGCGGUUCGCAGCCGAUGCGGUCGAUCGCAUUGAUGUUUGUUUAUACCGCGUGCGAUGUAACCCCUUGCGGGACUCCGACGAUGCAUCCUGACGUGGCGAGCGCGUGCCGAGUCCCGUGAUUCCAAGGCGACAGGACGCGCCCGGCGCCCAUGAUUCACGCGAGCGCUUUCUGCCAGGCGACAAGGUUAUGAUCGUCGGUGGGACAGCGGGACCAGUGACAGUGCACGGGUAUACGCGUCUCACCGGCCUGCGAGCGCACUCGCGACCAUGAGGACCGGCGGCAUGCUGGACGGCCGCGAGUUCGGCAAGCGCGUGCGUCGUGUCCUGGACGGCAAUUACUCGUAUCGCAAGAUCCUCUUCAUCGUCCUGGUGUGCGGUGGCCUGCUGCUGUACUUCGGCCCACCCUUCGCCCAGUGGCUCUUUUCCUCCACCAGGGAGUCCAUAGAAGCGUUUGAAGAUCAUUGCAUGAAUGAGAGGCUGGCCAGCUUCUACUUUGACGCUGUCGAGUAUAACGCAAAUAUUCUGCACAACCCACCUAAGGAGAAAGAGCAUCCUUACUUGCCGUACAUUGGCAACGGUGUUUUCGGCGUUCCCGUUUCUCCGGAAGCCUGGCUGUACAUUAAGCACAGGCGAGCGCUCUUGCUGCCUGUACAGUGGCAGCCGUUGAUCUCGCAUCCUAUACCCAAAGACAGCUCCUAUCGAGAAGCAAUCGUUGUUCACUUUACAAACGGGAUUGUUUAUAAAUAUCAGUGCCUUAGAGAGGGAUACCACACGGAAUUUCAGUACUACGCUCAUAGAGGCCUGGAUGGGAUUUUAGUGCAGACUGUAAAGCUCUCCAAUCCGUUUUCGCUCUCGCAAGAUAUACCGUUGAAGCCGCAGGAAUCCAUCCACUGGAGCAAUUCUCACAUAGAGCCCGUCAGAAUUCAGGUCGACGGGCUUAAUCACGACUACUCCUUCGUGUCUGGAUUCGUAUCAGCGCCCAACUCCAACAGAAUCAUAGUUGUAUCGAUCAUCUACAAGGUACCGCCGAAAACGGUGCAGGUGAAAGCACACAGUUCCGUCAAGUUAGAGUUCUUGUCGAGCAUCCAGUACAGCGAGCCGAUCUCGUCCGAGCAGUACCACGUGGAACGCGACGCGACCAAGAAGAGAGCUAUUGACCUGUUGCGAAAAGCGAUUGCACGUCAGCAGCGAAGCCUGAGGGAGGAGCACGUAAAUCUCUGGCAGAGUUAUUGGUACACGAGUCUGAGAAUAAGCGAUUCCAAGGCCGACGGCGCCAUCAACGGCUACAAGAUUAAUUCUACCAUGUAUUACGUACUGUCUCAGGUGUCGCGAAGUGUUCAGGAUAUUGAGAAAAAUGUUGCUAUGAACGAAGGUUGCUACCGGGGUCACCAUACUUUAGACGCACCUCGCUUAUGGAAAGAUGCCUCGACCAUCGACGCAGUGAACGAGAUAGUCGAGGCAUGGUUGAUAACGUUGGAAAAGCAAGGUUGCCAUCAUCUGGUAACCGGAGGUCCUGCGGCUGUACAGCAGGCGAUUGUGCUGAGCCUCGGCAGCCUUAGAUUCAGUAAUCAACAUCUCGAAUUCAAUAUCGAUCCUCAGUAUCUUCAUCGCGAUUAUUUAUUCAGACGUAUAAGUUACGGAAACUUAACGCAUGUAAAUAUAUCCGUAACAGUUGGCGAGGACAAUCGCGCGAUACUAGGAGUAGCUUUGGAUAAAAGUGAUAGUGUUUAUUACGGAUGUGACGCCGGCUGUUUGGACGCGCCGGUUCCUCUCGACCAGACCUAUACGAUUUUUCCCGUGAAGUUGACAAAACCGUUGACCGCGAUACUUUACAUAACGUCCGAUCAUCAGCACAUGCAGGAUCUCCGUAACGCCUUGCAUGUGCACGAAGUGGACGAUGCGCCGGCACAUGAUCACCAAGUGAUGGCUUUGCACAAGCACGGACAUCAGCUCGGAGGCUUGCCCACGUUAUUCUGGGUUAGCAUAUGUUUCCUGAUAAUUGUGUUCCAUCUGUUUCUAUGUAAGCUUAUUUUUAACGAGUAUUACGGUCACCAGGAUCGGCAGCGUGUUCGAUAUAACAAGCCGUGAUGAAAAUGUACAUAAUUUUCUUGUUGCCGCGAGAUGUAUAUAUGUAUAUUAUAAUAUGUGUAUAUAUA